AUGUGGAAAACUGUCAACUCGUCCUUUAAGUUCAACAUUUAUAAAGAGAUGAAGGUGGAGGGAUUCCAGGAGGACGGGGAGUCCGGUUCUGUGUCUUCAGCGGACCGGACCGGCGGUGGAGGCACCGUCGUCGCCACCGUUCGCAGUGGCGGGACGGCGUGCAGCCCCGGCUCGGCCGAACGCUGCAUGUCACGGCUGCUGAGCGCGGUGGAGAGCGAGCUGCAGGCCGGCCGGGAGAAGGGCGACCCGACGGAGAGGGAGCUCAGGGUGACGCUGGAGGACGCCGAGCUGUGGAGGAAGUUUCAACACAUCACCAACGAGAUGAUCGUCACCAAGAAUGGACGUCGCAUGUUCCCGGUCCUGAAGGUCAGCGUCUCGGGUCUGGACCCCAGCUCCAUGUACUCCUUCCUGCUGGACUUCGUGCCGGCCGACGGCUGCCGCUGGAAGUUUGUGAACGGCGAGUGGGUGGCGGCUGGGCGGGCGGAGGGACGCGGCGAGGGGCGGAGCCACGGCGGCAUCUACAUCCACCCGGACUCACCGAACUUCGGCGCUCACUGGAUGAAGGCGGCCGUGACCUUCAACAAGGUCAAACUCACCAACAAGGUCAACGGAGGAGGACAGAUCAUGUUGAACUCUCUCCAUAAGUACGAGCCUCAGCUCCACAUCGUGUGCGUCGGCUCUCGCCAUCGUCUCGUCUCCAACGUCUCCUUCAAAGAAACUCAGUUCAUCGCUGUCACAGCCUAUCAGAAUGAAGAGAUCACCGCUCUGAAGAUCAAAUACAACCCGUUCGCUAAGGCCUUCCUGGACGCCAAAGAGAGGUAUGAUGUCACCACUGACCUCACCCACACGUGA